AUGAGGUUCGUUCCCACGGCUACCGUAACCCACCGUGACACCGACGCUACAGUAAACCUUCGAAUGAGUCCCCCGGUCCGUCGUACCGCAUCCCGAGGGACUUCCACGGGCUACAGAAAGCUUUGUGAGUUCUUAAUGGAUUACAGUAAUCCAUCAUGGGUUACUGUAGUUUUGGUAUUUUAGAAUUAAUCGUACCCGCUACCUCAACCUUGUUUGGGCGAUGGCCAUUAUCUGUGUGAGUUUUUUUUUUUAGAAAAAUUGGAUUUAAAGGUUCUUUUGUGACGUCAUUAGGUAGGAUUUCAGUGGUCACUUCAGGGUUUUGGCUUUUUAGUGGCCACUUAAGAAUUUAAAAUGAAGCGACUAUUUUAGUAGUAUAAGUGGUACUACUAGACCACUAAAACUGCUAUAGUGACCACUAAGACGCAAAGAAGUGGCUUCUAUUGAGGUGAUCAUAGUGACCACUUUAGAGCCCUUUUCAAGUAGUCAUUGAGCAACCACUUAAGUGGUCUAACUGAAACCAGAAAUUUUGUUAUUGCAUCAGAAUUUUUCUCAAUGUUUCCGACGUCAUUAGGGAGGGUUGAGGCUUUUUUUUUUACCUAUAUGACGUCAUCUAACAAUUUUAAUGACGUCAUUAGGUUCGAUUAGGAAGAUAAUGACGUCACUAAUUUUAAAUUCUUGUAAUUUUUUCCAUGAUUAUUAUGUCUUACGGAGUCAGGAGCUUGGUAGUUGGAUCAGAAAUUUUCGCAAUUUUCCGACGUCAUUAGGGAACUUUAUUCACUUCUAUGACGUCAUCCAACUAUUUUAUUGACGUCAUUAGGUGCGAUUAGGAAGAUUAUGACGUCAUUGAGCUCUAGAAGUAUGACUUCUUGCGAUUUUUUGCACGGUAUAAUUAAAGUCAGAGCCUUAGUAGUUUGAUCGGAAUUUUCUCAAUGUUCCGACGUCAUUAGGGAAAUUUUUUCACUUAUAUGACGUCAUCUAACAAAUUUUAUGACGUCAUUUGGCUCGAUUAGGAAGAUUAUUAUGUCACAUUUUAACUUCUUGUAAUUUUUUGCAUGAUUUAUUUGACGUCAUUUUGUUGUAGUCUUUCGCCGCGUUGGUCGACGUCGUUUUAAUAGUCUUCGCGGGAUUUAUGUUCGCCUGGGAGCUGACCAUCUGGCGGAUGGGCCAUUUCAUCGUCUCCCUCAUCUAUGACGUCAGUUUUUUUCGGAAUGACGUCAUUUAAUUAAUUAUUCUGUGUUUUGUCCAGUUGGCCUGAGGGCUACAGUAAUCCCAGGGCUUUUGUUGCGGUCAUUUAUUUUUUGGAUGAGUUUGGUCAUUUGAAGACAAUACAAGUGAGAAAUUCGAUUACAGUAUCCCCAGGUUCUACAGUAGCCACCACCUUUUUUUAGGUGUUCUUACGGUAAUUAGUUCGAAAUUCGCCAAAAGGUCGAAUCUUUCGGUUUUCUAGAAGCAAUUCCAGUCAUAGAAGUUCUAGAGUGGUCCCUUCAGAUUCAAGAAAGAAAAUAAUUCUUACAGGUGUCUAAUAAGUCCCCACUGUAGGAUUUAAAUUAAGGUAGACCCUAUAGGGGCAAGCCUAAGUGGUCCCUAUAGGGUCUUCUUUGUUCAGGUUUGAAAAUUGAAAAGAAGUCCUUUUUUGAUACUUUUUAUUCAACUAAAUUAAUGAUUCUUUCUCAGCUAUAAUCGGCUAGCAUGUCCCCUAUAGGGGCCCCUUUUUUCAAGCUUUUAGUGGCCCCUAUAGGGGAGGUAAAAUGGUCCCUAAAGGGGAGCCUUCAAAGAGCCCUAAGCUGUUCCCUAUAGGGACCUUUCUAGAGCUCCUAAGUUGACUUUAAAGAUUUUCAAAUCUUAUAGCUACAGUAAUCUUUUUCUUACUGUCACUCGAUCCUUUUUGGAGCUUUAUCAAGAUGCUCUGAAAGUUUAGAAAAUCCAAAAUUUUUCACUUUUUUCAAGUUUGUCCAGCUUCCUAGCUUUUUGGUCAUUUUUUCAAGAUGGCUACAGUAACCACCACCGUUUCUAGGGCUUUCUUACCGUACUAACUUCAAAAUUUCCCAAAAUAAGGACGAAAGUUUAACAACUUCUAGCUAGGUUGCUUCUCGGACCUUGUUAACGCAAACCGGACGUCUCCCGGAUGACCCCCAGGGGGAUGAGCAGUUCUAGUCUAGGGAUCACUUGAGAGUGCCGCUGAAGGGAUCACUAGGAAAGCACAGAAUUGUCCGGUUUGCGCUACCGAGGACCGAGUUGUUGGCCAAUUUUCAAAGUUCUCUACAGUAACCCCCACCGUUUCCAGGGUUUUCUUACGGUAUUGGUCGGCUUUGCGUUCUUCUCGACCCACGACGGCAUCUCGCAUCUGCUGCUCUACGGUUUCGCCGUCUUCUCGACGAUGAGGACCAUCUCUUUCUCUCUUUUCUCCUACUCGGAUUUCAGCAAAUGCGAUGCCUUUCCCGAGUACAGUACCCCAUACAGUAUCCCCUUCAUUUGAAGCAAAAGAUUACAGUUCUCUGAACUGCUUCUCGGACCUCCAGCGGUACAUGAUCAUCGCCGACCUGACCGUCGCCAUCACCUCCCUCAUUUGCUGCCUUCUUGCCGGGGUACGGUAGAUUACUGUAGCUGGGAUUUUUUUUUCAGCAGAUGGUUCAGUCGAAGAAAUGAGAAUUAAGAAAGAAAAAUUUUAAGGGUUGGGAAAAAUGGAAAAGUCUCAAUAUUUAAUUGGAGGACGUAUGACGUCAUUUUAUACAAGUGUGACGUCAUUUUAUGCAACUAUGACGUCAUUUUGAUUCAUCAUACCUGUCUUAAGUUUCUAUUUUUUUAAUGUUUAACUUAAAUUUUUUUCUAGAAAGAUCUUCAUUUUGAGAUUUAAUGAUCAAAUUAAAAAAAUAAAAAUUUUUGGAAAAAAAUUUUUUUUGAAGUUGACGACGCUCAGGUAGUGAACAUUUAACUCCAGGUAUUUAUGAAAAUCUUAUCUCACAGUAAUGACGUCAUUAAACAUUUUUAAAAGGACCGGGUAGUUGAAAAAAAGGCGAAAAUUAGUUUAAAAUUUUUUCCUAGGAUCUUUGAUUUAUAACGGCAAUUUUUGACUUCUCCGUGUUCUUUGUACCUUUUUGAUACCUUCUAAAGUUGGUAACUUUAAGCUGGAUCUACCAGUAAAUUGAAAAUUACCUGACUUCCUUUUUUAUUUAUAUUUUUUCCAGAACAGUUUGCUCAUCUUCACGCCAGUGGUGAAGGUUGUCCGCGACGAUAAAUCUAAUCAGGUCCCUUUAAAAUAACCUUUUUUUGAAUCUCACUUUUUUCAGAGAAAUCUGGGCAAGGAGAUUCUCAACUACCGUAAACCUGCUGAGUUCGUUUUUUUCUUCUCUUUUCUGGAAAAAAGAACAAUUUUUCAGGUACACUGGUUAUGUGGUCGACGGAAAAGGCCCCGCUGCGCCUCCCGGCACCAGCGUCGCUGCGGUGAGUCUGGCUCAGUCGGUUGGAGAGCUGAAGUUGGUAGGAAGGUCCUAGGUUCGUGUCCUCUUGGAGGAAGACAGCUUUUGAGAGGUCUCUUAGAGAUCUUGAGAGGAUUAAUAGACACUAGCUCAGUUAUUUAGACCCUUUUUAGCCAUUUUCUGAGCUCUCAUGAGCUGUUCACUUCUUGGUUCAGUCGGUUAGAAGGCUGACUUUGGUAGGAAGGUCCUAGGUUCGUGUCCUCUUGGAGGAAGACAGCUUUUGUGAGGUCCCUUGAAGAUUUUGAGAGGAUUAAUAGUUUAAAGACACUAGCUCAGUUAUUUAGACCCUUUUUAGCCAUUUUCUGAGCUCUCAUGAGCUGUUCACUUCUUGGUUCAGUCAGUCGGUUAGAAGGCUGACUUUGGUGGGAAGGUCCUAGGUUUAAGUCCUAUUGGAGGAAGACAGCUUUCGUGAGGUCUCUUGAAGUUUUCGAGAAGUUCAAUAGUUUAAAGACGCUAGUAAGACGCUUUUUAGCCAUUUUCCAAGCUCCCAUGAGUUGUUCAAUUCUUGGCUCAGUCGAUUAGAAGUUGAGCUUUAGUGAGAAGUUUCCAGGUUCGAGUCCUCUUUAAGUUUAUGAGUUUUGCCGUUUUUUCUCUUAAAAUUUUGAAAAAUUUAGUUGUUUAAAAGCGCUAGCUGAACUGGAUAAAGACCAUUUUUAUGCAUCUUCUCAGCUUCCAUUAGUUUUUCACUUCUUGGCUCAGUCGGUUAGAAGUAAACCUGUAGUGAGAAGUAUCCAGGUUCGAGUCCUCUUGGAGGAAUGCAGCUUUUUUGAGAGGUCUCUUGAAGCUUUUGAGAAGUUCAAUAGUUAAAAGACGCUAGCUGAACUUGAUAGAGACCAUUUUUUGCAUCUUCUAAGCUCCCUUUAGUUGUUCACUUCUUGGCUCAGUCGGUUAGAAGCUAAGAUUUAGUGGGAAGUAUCCAGGUUUGAGUCCUUUUGAAGUUUUUGAGUUUUGCCUUUUUUUUUGUGAUGUCUCUUAAUAAUUUUAAGAAAUUUGGUAAUUUAAAGGCAAUAGCUGAACUUAAUAGACCUUUUUUCAUCUAUUUUCUAAGCUUCCAUGAGGUUUUCACUUCUUGGCUCAGUCGGUUAGGAGUAAAUCUGUAGUGAGAAGUAUCCAGGUUCGAGUCCUCUUGGAGGAAUGCAGCUUUUUUGAGAGGUCUCUUGAAGCUUUUGAAAAGUUCAAUAGUUUAAAGACGCUAGCUGAACUUGAUAGAGACCAUUUUUUUUGCAUCUUCUAAGCUUCUGUGAGUUUCUCACUUCUUGGCUCAGUCGGUAAGAAGCUAAGCUUUGGUGAGAAGUACCCAGGCUCGAGUCCUCUUGAAGUUUUUUCGUUUUUUGCAAUUUUUUUUUGCUUUUUGAGCGUUAUACAGUGCUGAUAGACCUUGUUUAAAAAGUUGACAUCAGUAGAAGGGUCCCUGGUUCGAAUCCCCGAGACGGUUUUGAAUUUUUGCUUUUUUUUUCUAUUUUCCGUAAGAGCGUUAUACAGUGCUAUCAGUAGUGGAUGGAGGAAAAGUUAAUUUUUGUAAAAUUGACAUCAGUAGAAGGGUCCCUGGUUCGAAUCCGCAGGGCGUUUUUGAACUUUUGCAGUUUUUUUUUUUGCUUUAUUGUGUUAAAUCGUCGUCUGGUCUAGCUUCAUGAGUCCAUUUUUUUAAAUUUGUCGUUUUCUUCUUUUAUUUUUCGACAUAUCCAUUUUCGAUUCCUUAUUUUCAGCUCGUCUCAUCGAAGCAAAUGACGACGGCCGUCGUCACGGAGAACGCUGAUGUCGUCACGCUGACGGAGAAUAGCACCGCCUUUGGAGUGGGGUUUUGUUAAAUUCAAGUUGAAAUUUGGUUUGAAAAUGACUUUCACUGUUUAAAAAAACUUUUUUUGUACGAAUAUUUGGACUACUGUAGCUCGAAGAUCUGCAGUUUUUCGUAGUGAUGAAGAGCAAUUCAGACUGCCGUGAAAAUGCCCGAUGGGAAAAUUGUCACGAGGAAAUUUGACGUCGACAAAAAGCUCGAUAAGAAUGUCGUCAUGGCUGUUGUGAGUUUUGCUUGACUUUUUUUGGAUUUUCCAGUGUAUGCGCCUUUAAAAUAACGAAGCUUUUUAGUUUUAUUAAAGGCGCAUGCACAGAGAAGUCGCGCGCAUUGAAAAGAUGGUACAGAACCCUUGUAGGAAGCUGUGCUUUUAAUUAAGCCUCAUAACUUUCGGUAUUUUAAAGGCGCAUACACAAGGCAAGGCCGCGCGCAUCGAAGAGAAGCUUACCACAAGGGUCUCGUACGCUCUCUUCGAUGCGCGCGACCUGUUUCUGCGCAUGCGCCUUUAAUUAAGCUUGAAAUUUUUUUUAUUUUAAAGGUGCAUGCACACAUACAAGCCGCGCGCAUCGAAGGGAAGCUCACCAGAAGGAUCUCGUUACAUCUCUUCAAUGUGCGCGACCUCUUUCUGCCCAUGCGCCUUUAAUCAAGCUUGAAAAUUUCGUUAUUUCAAAGGCGCAUACACAGGGCAAGGCCGCGCGCAUCGUAGGGAAGCUCCCGAUAAGGGUUUUGUAGCUUGGAGGAAAUAAAAAUAUUAAUAAGCCUGAAUACUAAUUGUUUUAUCAAUCAUCAAAAACCUAUUGAAGUUCAAAUUUUUCAGGACUGCAAUCCAGCGAAAACUCAAGUAUCUUCGUCGGUUUCGGCUUCAGCUUCGGUUUUCGUUUUCUCAUUUUUUUUUCAUUAAUUUUUUUUUCUAGAAGAAGAAAAAGUGA